AUGAAUCACCAGGACAACCAGUUAGACGAUGCAGGGUUCUGGAACUCGGUGGUGGAUAUCUACAACGAGGUGACUGCUCUCCGAGUGGCUGCUGGCGAAAACGGUCGAAAUCAGGCACUUGCUCAUCUCCGAAUACCUGACGAAGCGAGACACAGAAACAGGUAUGUUCGGCCCUUAAGGUUGGCUCCCUACAUUACCUUGCCCGUGGUGGAGUACCGGCUCAUUUGGAGGCAUUUAAGGUCGAUUGGACCAUUGGCAAUUCUAGGACGUUUAUGGAUAUUUUGUGCUCGCGUGGCCCACACCCUAGUGGUCUCCACCCUAUUUAUGUUCACGCUUGGAUGGCUCUUUACCAGUUUGGGGCAACUGCUCUUGACAGCGGCAAACUUGGCAACGUUUUCUGAAAGCACCACCAGUGAUCUAAAGACAUAUAUAUUCAGUGGUUACCCAUGGGUCGCACCGGUGAGAGCGCAGCUUUUCAACAAUAAUGACGAUAUAUUUUAUGGUAUACCACCAGAAACCAGGUUUCCGACAUUGCUGAUGAUGGCCCAGGUGGUCUUAAACAGCAUUGUGCUCGAUCUUAAUAUGAAGUGCACUCGUUCGGCCGAUACUACCAUCUGUGUUCCCAGCACCGAUUCUCUCAUUUUUGCAUUCGACAGAACAAUUUCUAGAAAAGUGCUCAAUGGCACCUCAUGGCUCUCAUGGGCGCUCUCGCAGGUUCCCUGGCUCAUUUCCGCGGUUUCUACAUUACUAUUCGUGAUGUAUAUUGUCCCACCUAUAGUGCUUCUGGUCAAUAUGGCGGCUUACAUUCCACACAACUAUUUGCAUCGAUUUUUUUUUCACUUCCGGGUACUAGAAGCAACAUUCAAGGCACUGUGGAGUUCAAUGGACAUGUAA